CAUGGCGGAGGGGCCGGCUAGGGCGGAGUCGCCGCCUCCCCCGGCGUCCGAGCCCCGCGGGGCCCGCGCCCCGCUCGUCCCUUUGUCGACCGAACGCGGUGCCUCGGAUCCGAGGGAGGGGUGGCCGCGCUGUCGCGAGGCGCCCGCCGCCGUUCUGCCCGGCCCGGCGCGACUCCGGGGUUCGGCGCGGCGGAGCGAUCCUCGUGUCGGAAGAACCGCGGCGGAGCUCUGUCGGAAAACUCGCCUACUGCCGCGGGUGCCGCCGUCGUCGGACCGGGCGACCUGCGAGUCCUGCGGGCGUCCCGAGGGUGCUGGCGGGCGGCGUGGCGGGCUGGGGCGGGCUGCGAGCACCGCUGUGGAGCUGCGCUUCAAUCUGUGAUUAGACGACGCAUUACAGUGUUACUGCCAUCUAUGCACAAAAGACAACUUCACCUGUGUGACAGAUGGGCUUUGUUUUACCUCAGUAACGCGGAUUGCAGAUAGGGUCAUUCACAACAGCAUGUGUAUAGCAGAAAUCGAUCUGAUUCCCCGGGACAGACCGUUUGUUUGUGCACCAUCCUCCAGAGAUGGAGUUACUACUUUGCCUCAUUGCUGUGACAAAGACCACUGCAAUAAAAUAGAACUUCCAAUUCCAACACCAGGUCCUACUCCAGGAAGACCAGCUUCUAGUCUGGGACCUGUGGAACUGGCAGCUGUUAUUGCUGGACCUGUCUGCUUUGUCUGCAUUUCAUUGAUGCUGAUUCUGUAUCUUUGUCAUAACCGUACUGUAAUUCAUCACCGUGUGCCAAGUGAAGAAGAUCCUUCAUUGGAUCGUCCCUUUAUAUCUGAAGGAACUACUUUAAAGGAUUUAAUUUAUGAUAUGACAACUUCAGGCUCUGGGUCAGGUUUACCUUUACUUGUGCAAAGAACAAUUGCACGAACUAUAGUACUCCAAGAAAGCAUUGGUAAGGGUCGCUUUGGAGAAGUAUGGAGGGGGAAAUGGAGAGGAGAAGAAGUUGCUGUGAAGAUCUUCUCUUCAAGAGAAGAGCGCUCGUGGUUUCGAGAGGCAGAAAUUUAUCAAACAGUUAUGCUACGACAUGAAAACAUUCUUGGAUUCAUAGCUGCGGACAAUAAAGACAAUGGUACGUGGACACAGCUGUGGUUGGUGUCAGAUUAUCACGAACAUGGGUCGCUCUUUGAUUACCUGAACAGGUAUACAGUAACCGUGGAAGGAAUGAUAAAAUUAGCCUUGUCUACUGCCAGUGGCCUUGCUCAUCUUCACAUGGAAAUUGUAGGCACACAAGGCAAACCAGCGAUUGCCCACAGAGAUUUGAAAUCAAAAAACAUAUUGGUAAAAAAGAAUGGAACAUGCUGCAUUGCAGACCUGGGGCUGGCAGUUCGACACGAUUCAGCUACGGACACAAUUGACAUUGCCCCCAACCACAGAGUAGGAACAAAAAGGUACAUGGCACCUGAAGUUUUAGAUGAUUCCAUAAAUAUGAAACAUUUUGAGUCAUUCAAACGAGCAGACAUCUAUGCAAUGGGAUUAGUAUUUUGGGAAAUUGCUCGUCGAUGUUCAAUCGGUGGAAUCCAUGAAGAUUACCAGUUGCCAUAUUAUGACCUAGUUCCUUCAGAUCCUUCUGUUGAAGAAAUGAAAAAAGUUGUUUGUGAGCAGAAGUUAAGGCCCAAUAUCCCAAACAGAUGGCAGAGCUGUGAGGCAUUACGAGUAAUGGCAAAGAUCAUGCGGGAAUGCUGGUAUGCCAACGGAGCUGCUAGGCUAACAGCGUUGCGUAUUAAGAAAACACUAUCACAGCUUAGUCAACAGGAGGGGAUAAAGAUGUGAUCCUGGAUUUGCUACCAAAAACAAACACAAAAAAAACUGUAAAAAUCCAUACCUGCACCAGAGUGGCGUGUUAAGAAGGUUAAUUGUUCUACCUCACUGAGGGAACAGAAGGAUAUUGCUGCCUUUUAAUACUGCAUAGGAACGUCACUUGUUAGGAUUUCUGUGGAUGUGCUGAGCAGUUGCUUUGGGUCCUUUCUGUGCACUAUGAACCUUGUUCUGAGGUUACUUACAAAACAUCGUGUAGACUAGUUUUGCUUUUAUUGACCUAUGAUUUUUUUAUUUGGAAAGUUCAUAGCUGGUCUUAACUUCUAGUAAACUGUACUGAAAACAAGAUUGCUUUUAAAAUGGCAACGGUUCACUGUAUUGUUCUAGAGUGCAUUGAAGGCUGCUUCAGCGACGUUAUUCCUGCCUGGUACAUUGAGUAUUCUGAACCACUGUUACAGUUCUUUGAUUCAGAUUUUGAAUGUACUGUUGGAGUAUGCUUUGCUGCCCAUUAAGGUUGUAUGUCUUUGGAAUGCUUACCUUAAUUUGCAAAUUGACCUCAUUCAGUAGUGGGGAACAUAAAUUAUGCAACUAUCUA